AGGCACUGGCCGUGUCUGCUCUAUGCGGGGGUGAGAUAGUGGAGCGUAACUGGGUGCAAGGGAUUGACCAACAAGUGGAGCGCUCUAAGGAUUAAGCCGGGUGGGGAGUAAAGGUCUCACCUGGGCAAAUGAGUGACUCUUUGUGUGUACCGAGCACCCACCAGUGUUACCUGGCACGGGAAACUAGGCUUACGUCAUAACCCCAGCCGAGUUUAAGAAUCCUUAUACAUUAUUGUAGAAAGGUGAGAAGGUGAUUGGUGAGAUACGAGUUUUAAUUAAUUGGUGUUUAUCAUUAUUGUUUGCACUAAUUAGCACGCGAAGAUGACAAAGGCAAUUUUCAAACUUGAAUGUAGUUUUGACUUGAGAUAUAUUUUGUUCAGUUGGUCAGCUUCACUUCAGUGGCAAGAUUUGGUCAAGACGACCGGAAAUAGACCAGGAUGUAGUAGAUGAUCAGCAGUGUGUCUUUUGCCUGUUUCACUUCGCUCUACAUUAGUUCUACUUCGCAGGAGUUGUUGGAAAUUUCAUCACGCCAUGGUUGUCUGGUGAUGUUAUCUGGGCAUUUACGAUAAAUGUGCCCUAUCCACCUCCAUCUUUUCCUUUCGAUAUCUUCAGCAAUAUGCUCUUGGUAUUUCUUUUCCAGUAAGUCUUUGUUGGUGAUGGUGUUUGGCCAUUUGAUGCUCAGGAUCUUCUUACGGCAAGUGUUAGUGAAGAUAUGUGCUUUCUGCGUGAUGUUCGCUGUUGUUCCCGGAGUUUCGGCUCCAUAGAGUAGGACUGUUUUGACAUAUAUGUUGAGAAAUUUGACUUUGGUUUGCAGAGUCAUCUCCUUUGACUUCUAUAAUAUCUUUAAUAGCAAUUAUAACUUAACACACAAACUCCUGUCCUCAGACUAAUUUCAUUUUUAGGGGAGCGUUCCUCAAGAGUUUUGAGAGAGGAUGGUCGUGAACUCAGAUCGGAGUGUCAACCCAUCUUGUGUGCUUUUAGCAAGGAGUUUUCAUUAUGUGCAUCUAGUUGUUUUGAAUACAGUGUAAUAUUUAAGGAGAACUUGUGCAUGAUCUGUUUCGGCGGAAGACAGCCUGUUGAUCUCGUAGCUGCGCGUUGACCUGGUCGUUCUAUUCAAAAUAAUUAUGUUGAAGACCAUUCCUGGUACAGACAGCAGUGUAAUUUUUCUGUAGUUUGAAAAGUUGCUGAGAUCCCCUUUCAUUAUCAUCUUGACGAGGUAUCUUUCUUUCCAAUCUUUUGGAACUCUCUCUUCUUCCCAUAUCAUUUCAAACAGAAGUUGCAGCAUGUCGACAAUCGUAUGUAUAUCUGCUCUCAUCAUCUUUGUUGUGAUUUUAUCCGGUUCUGAUGCUUUCCCUAUUAUCAGCUGCGUGAUAGCGAGGACUAUUUCUGUCUUAUUUGGGACACUGUAUUCUAUUUGUAAAUCUACAUUUACUGGUUGUAUCUGGUGUGUCUGUGGGAGGAGGUCUGCUAAGGGAUUCCUUAAAGCAUUCCACCAAUAUUUUAGUGGGUUUUUUCCGUUCCGUUAUCGAUCUACCUUCCUUGUCUUUAACCGUUCUCUCUGGCUUCUUCUAUUUUCCUGAGACAUUUCUUGUUAGGUCAUAGAAUUCCUUCUUGUGCCCGUUUCCGGCUGCUUCUUCUGCAGUUGACGCUAGACCAUCUACGUACGCCCUUUUAUCCCUUUUGAUGCUGUUCCUUACUCGGAAGGAAUUUCACAAAGAUUCAGCCGUUUACAUUUUCACUAUUGAAAAAUCCGUAUUUCAGUUUGGACAACGAACAAAAGUUAUGUUAAAAUUUUGCCAUCAGAAUGUGUUGACAAACGCUGAAGAUGCAUUGUUUUAUUUAAAACACAUUGGUGACCCUUUCGCGCAGAAAGAUGUGGAUAUUAUUCGUUUCUAAUCCACCGAUAUUUCAACAGAGAAUAUAUGAGGUAUGUUUACCAAGUUCGGCUUUAGAGAUACAGUUAUUUACGUAGACGUUUGCGUUGAAACACAAUCCUUCGUGUAUGGUUUUGUACAGCUAUCAACAUGAAAAUACUUUGAAGAACCUACUAUCCUCUUUUAUAACUUUCUGGAAAUUAAAAAAAAAAUAUAUAUAUAUUUAAAUCAAAUUUUAUAACAUUUGAGGAAUCAUAGAGACUUGAAAAUAAACGUGAACAAACAUAAAUAGGGCAUUUACACAUUCUUAAACCCGUAUAAAAAAAUCGUACGUUCCAGAACAAGGUAUAAAGUAGAACUUUCAAGAAACUUCAAAAAUAUAUUUUCCUCGAUGCCUAGGUAAUUCCCAGGAAAGCAUCUCUUUGAGAUUUUCAUAAUAUUUAUAGAACUUGCGAGAAAAUUCUAUAAAAAAUUAAACACUUUCAAAUAACUUAUAAAAAUGAAGCGACUCUUUUCAUUGUAAUCAUUAUUUCAAAACUAAUACAUCUAAAACAAAGUGCCGUAACUCCAUGACGUUUUUUGUUUGGUUUUUUUUUUUUUAUUUUUUUUUUUUUUUUAAGUUAGAAUAAUGACCCCUUAGGGGCCCCUCUCUAUAACGUGACGGUUUGAUAUUACUAAGAUAGUGAACUUUUAAUAAUUCAUCACAUAUAUUUUCAAUUUAAAAUUUAAAAACUAAUACAUCUAAAACAAAGUGCCGUAACUCCAUGACGUUUUUUGUUUGGUUUUUUUUUUUUAUUUUUUUUUUUAUUUAAGUUAGAAUAAUGACCCCUUAGGGGCCCCUCUCUAUAACGUGACGGUUUGAUAUCACUAAGAUAGUGAACUUUUAAUAAUUCAUCACAUAUAUUGUCAAGUUAAAAUUUAAAAGUUCACGAUUGAAAUCGAAUACAAAUAUAAGAGAAAUUUAAAAGUUCACGAUUGUAAUCGGAUUCAAAUAUAAGAGAAAUUUAAAAGUUCACGAUUGAAAUCGGAUACAAAUAUAAGAGAAAUUUAAAAGUUUACGAUUGAAAUCGGAUUCAAAUAUAAGAGAAAUUUAAAAGUUUACGAUUGAAAUCGGAUACAAAUAUAAGAGAAAUUUAAAACUUUACUAUUGAAAUCGGAUACAAAUAUAAGAGAAAUUUUCAAGUAACACACUUUAUAAGAAUCCUAAUUAGAAUAGAAUAUUAAUACAGUUCAGGGGCGUGAGAAAUAAAAUGUGUGGUUGCGAACCUUGGGGAGAGGGGUGGGGGGGGGGACCACACAUUUUUUUCUCACGCCCCUGAACUAUAUUAAAAUUCUAAUGACCCACCACCUUUUACGCCGCUGAAAAUUGGACAGAAUGGGCUUGUCAUCGGUGACGUGUCUAUGUGCCAAGUUACCCGCCCGAAGAUUUUGCCAGCCACGAACAAAAGUUAAGUUAAUCUAUAAAGGAUUUAAAAAUAUUUAAACAAUUAUUUUUAAAAAAAAAGAGGAAAGUUCUAUGGACUGAGGUUAUUUAGUGUGUAACAAAUAUACGCCUCUGGGAUAAGGCUAUCCUCCUAAAAUGCACCCACCCAUUCUGUGACGCAGUUUGACUAAAUGCUGAUUGCGGGGGGGGGGGGGGGGGGGGGAAAAACAAAAAAACAGACGGAUUUAAUUUGGCUGAAUAAAGAAAUGAAUGAUCAGUUGGACAUUUUUUUUUUUUUAAAUUCCAAUCAGGCAAAAUUAAAGCAAUUAUUUUCUGUAAAAAAAACUUAAGAGAAAGAAAACCAACUGCAUAACAGUUAAAAAAUAAAGGAAGCACUGAUCAAGUAUGCCGGCUGAAGAACACAAUUAGGAAACUUGGCUCUAACUUGUCAUUGCAAUUUAAAUAAAAUGGCACGAAGGCCGCGUGGAAUUCUCUUCUCGGUCCUAAUGAUCACAUCGUGCAUAGAAAACAAAAAAAAAAUCGAAUCAAACUGAAAGAGUUUUACAAAAAUCUAUGUUUUUAAAACGUAUGAAAAUGGUUGUGUUUCUUGGUCAACGUAUAACUGUCUGUCUCUUUCUUAAACAUACGUAACCACAUAGUUUUGUUUAAAGAAUACAAAUAAGUUGAAAAAAAAAGACGUUGUUCGUGCAAAGUCAAAUGNAAAAAUACUUGCCCUUUUUUUUUUUUUUUUUUUUUUAAAGCAGCAAGAAUCAUUAAAAUAUCCCUUUUUCGCCCUCCCACAGAUUUUCCCCCCGAUGCAGGAUGCGGGCCCUGAACAUACUUAAAGAGACCGUUGCUGUUGUGGCCGUCCUUGUGCUGGCCUACCUGGCCGUGUCGCUAAUGAGAAACCACGUCGACCGCGUUGAUAAUCAACUACAAAAAGCACAAGUAGGUGUCGUUCUGUGUGAUUGAAUGUUUGUUUGUUCACAGAGCAUUGACCGACAUGUCAGAAUAGAUCCUGUGGAAUAUUGCUGCGGGCGAGAAUAAAACAGUAGGCAGAGAAUUAUACAUUGUCAUUAUUGUCGUUGCCAUGAGUUUUCCUUUUUUUUUUUCUUCUUUUUUUAUAGACGAAAAAUUCUAGAAAACCCCUCUCCUCUUCCCCCAACCCUCCACCUGGCCGCCAACAUCACCUGAUCUGCCUCGGCACCAUAUGAAAGACGAUUUCACGUUUUUUGUUAAGAGUGCUUGGUCACUUUCACUGACCUACUCUCCACCGCCAGUUGAAUGUUUGUAAUUGAAAUAAAAAUACAUGCCCAACUUAAACAAUGUUGACCGAAAGACUGAUGAAGUAUAUGGAUACGAAAGACUGAUGAAGUAUAUGGAUACGAAAGACUGAUGAAGUAUAUGGAUACGAAAGACUGAUGAAGUAUAUGGAUACGAAAGACUGAUGAAGUAUAUGGAUACGAAAGACUGAUGAAGCAUAUGGAUACGAAAGACUGAUGAAGUAUAUGGAUACGAAAGACUGAUGAAGUAUAUGGAUACGAAAGACUGAUGAAGUAUAUGGAUACUUUAACCUCACCCCCACAACAACAACAACAAAAAAUGGCGUGGUGGGGUGAGGGAGGAGUUGGGGGAUUCCGUUAACGGACAUUGCUGAGCUUAACGCAAAAUUUGAUUUACUUGUUUGUUUUUUUCCCGUAUGUGCAAUGACUGUAGCUACAAGCUACAGAAAUAGCCCCCCCCCCCCCCCCCACAAAAAAAAAUAAAAAAAUCAUCACCAUCUCUCUCUCACUCAGCUCUCUCUAUCUCUCUCUUUCUCUCUACCCCCUCCCCACCCCCACCAUCCACCAUGGCUUAGAUUAAAUAUUUUUUUCGAAGUGUUUUUUUGCCAUUCCACUUUCCCCACUACGGACACAAAGAUGACGAAAGAUAUUUAGUGUAUCCUGUUUCAUUUCCCGUGCAACAGCUUUAGUAAACGUAGUUUAAUGAUAACGAUUAUCAGGGGGCUUCAGUACCUACAAUAAAUUUUUUUUUAAUACAUAUUUUGGUCCUGGUAUUGUAUACACUCUUAUCAACUGUCUUUUAGUGCCUUCCCGUUGUAGCUUUAAAAUUAGGUGUUUUUUUAAUGGCCCAGGGGAGUUCAUAAUAGGACGUGACGUUUCGAAAACAGAAAUAAAACGGUUGAGGGGGUGUUGGUGGGGGGGGGGGCGAUUCAGGGGUCACAAAAUUUGUGUGUUAUGAAGGUAUGUCUUAAUUUUGAGAAACGUUAGUGACCUUGUGGUCGGAUGGUGUGUCCUCCGAAGCAGCUUUGUCUAAGGUCGCUUCGCCCGACUGUAAACGUCACCCCACUGCACACUUCACUACUUAUAUGAUUCUUGUCUUUUCUUCCGUUAUCAGUAUUCUGCACAUGGUGGAAUGGAUCUCAAAUUUUUGAAUGGUAUUCAGGAGAAACGUGAUCUAAGCUCCUUGAACCCGGAUGUAAACAUCGUCCCAUCUAAGUCACAAGGUCAACUCGUUCUACAACAUAAAGACUGUAUUGACAUGCCCGGAUCUAUAAGACAGGGCCUGUACAUUUGUGUGCAUCCUGUCAACGAUGACAAGUGGGUGUCGGGUACUUUGAAAGUAAGCUGUUAGUUGUGGGUGUGGAGGACUUUGAAAGUAAGCUGGUAGUUGUUUUUGUCGGGCACUUUGAAAGUAAGCUGGUAGUUGUGAGUGUCGGGCACUUUGAAAGUAAGCUGGUAGUUUUGUUAUUAUAUGCAUAUUGAUAUAUUAAUCUUUAAAUAAAUUAAUUGUAAUUAACACCAGUCAGGCACAGUCUGAUUAAGGUCACAAUUUGGUAUUCCGCAGUCAAUCAUUUUCAGACGGAUGAUUAAAUAUGUAUCUGCUUUUUUCGAAUUGAUUAACAGUUUUGAAAUAAGGAAUGUGAACUAUGACAUCACACGUCAGCACUGACCUUGUUUAAAUUGUACAAAAAAAUGAAUGUGUUGACAAACACAAGCACAAAACACAAACACACUUUUAAUUCUCAUGAAAAUCAAAGUAUGCUGGAUAGCAGUUAAAAACGUAGAGAUCUCCUACCCCCUGCGCAUGAGACAAAUACAUAUGUUGGUACUGGGAGAAACUGUGCACCAACAAAACGGAGCCACACGUCACAGAGUAAGCUUAUUACACUAGUGCCAUGGCUGUAGGGGGGCAUCAUCACUGGGUAUGGCUAUUACAACUGCAUCAUCACAACUGCAAGUGCAAUAUAGGAGCAUCAUCAGCUACCUAAGAUAUUACACCCAAGGUCAGGUUGAGGCAAAUCCCACAGAUCAGAUCACACAUAUUUAAAUAAUGUAAAUAAUAUAGUCUUUGACUCGUACAACCUCCAAGAAAUAACUGCAUCUUUGCCCACCUAGAGAGCACACAAUACUCGAAGACUCGAAGAUUGGGUUGCAGGGUGGCCGAGCGGCCUAAACUGUCUCAAACUGGUGGUCUGGAGUUCAAUCCACACCAAAGCCAACAUCACCAGCACCCCGGGUGGAUGGGACUCGUUAGCCUUGGAUGGCAACUCAUCUAAGAGAAGGCAAACUCUGAAUUCAAACCAGGAGCCAGAAUGAUCAACACAUUUAUCGUGGGCCCUCAAAUAUAAGAAGAAGACCGGAAUUUCCGGCGAUUUUAACCUCUACAAAUUUACAACAACGAAGGGAAUAGAAGAACUCUGUAACUCUGCAAAUCUAUCCACUAUACACACAGUCGACACCCACUAUUCUACACAGAGCUCAUAAAAUACUCGGCAGACCUGACCUAACUUCCUCUCCCCAGACUUACUACAGAUGGCACGGCACCUGUGACGUGCUGGACGGCAUUGGUAGCAAUCAAACAGAAACUCGUUCAUCUUCCCCCUAGACUGCGACGAAGUCACGACAAACAAUUCCGGCUGGUAAAAACAAGAACAAAGUACAGAAGCUCCUCAUUCCUGCCGAAGACAAUAGGGGACUGGAAAAAGCUUCCAAAAGCAACAGUUGAGGCGGCUACACUCGAGACAUUUGUGUCUAUUGCCUCCUGUAUUCCAACCCCCAGUUCAUAACACCACUGCUGAGUCGCCCUUGCAACCAGUGAAGUAUCCCAUCGAAACCCAUGGACAGUAACAUCGCAAACCCCUCUGAAACAUAGGAGCCAGAAUGAUCAAUUCAUUGAUCGUGGGCCCUUAAAAUAAAGAAGAAGAAGAAGAAUCACAGACCCAUUCUAGUGACGCCAGCAACAUUAAAUCAAAAGAAUUUUAAAACAACAACCUGCUGUAAUUUAAAAACAAAUUCAACUGUGAUUCGUGUAAAGCAAGAAGUGAACUAUUUGGUGAAAUAAACCAAAACAACACCAUAGCAGUAUGCUAACACAUAUCAAAGCUAUAUUGGAAACUGCCUCCCUAGGUAGCGCAAGAGGUUGCAGGAGAAAAUAAUCCAACUACUGAACAUAAAAUAAUUCUAAAUCAAAAUACAGCCAAAGCAAAAAUGGCUAUCAAGACAGCCAAGAGAAAUAAAGGGGCACAGACAAACAUUGUGUUGGCCACAGAGCUCAACGACACCCUGGUAAUAAACUCUUUCGCCCGAGUCAAAUGAUCUAACUUAAAUGGCUGCCAACCCAAAUAAAGCAAAGCAUAGCCGUCUUUGUCGCCCUCCUUGGCCCAUGGUCAAGUCUGGCGAAAGGGUUUUCUUUGGAAGUUCAACGAUGCAGGGAUUCGUUGCAAGCUGUCCAAAUGGUCAAGGUUCUUUCUUGCUGCUGAGCACUGUCCUAACAAAAUAAAUAACUUCACCUCAUCAAAGAGCAUCCUGGAAGAUGGGCUCCAGCAAGGUUUGUCAGUGAGUUGUACCCUAUUCCCAAUGUUCUUUUAUGAUAUACCUGAUGAGGUACGGGUGGAGAGCACACUCUAUGCAGAUGAUCUUGUGGUGUGGCAUACGUGCCGACACACAGGUGUAAGUGCAAGGCGUCUCCCCAAGACAUGAUCGGGCUCAGUACCUACUGUACAAAGUGGAAACUGAAAGUAAACGACACCAAGAAAGUAUACUCAGUCUUCACUAAAAGCCGCAAUGUAGCCUCACAGAACAUUAUAUUAUCCCUACAAGGUAGCCUCAGAACAUUAUAUUAUCCCUACAAGGUAGCCACACAGAACACUACACUAUCCCUACAAGGCCCCAUAAUCCAAAAAGUAGACAGCCCAUCAUAUCUAGGUCGAAGGACACCUUCCCAAAUGGCCACUGCAUCUGAAAGGUGAUGAUGAUGAAUUGGAGAAUUUUGUGUUUAUAAUGAUUUAUACCACAUAUAUUUUCUAGCCAGCUGUGUUAUGUCAAUAAUGAAAAUUCAUUUAUACUUUAUGAAGAAUUUUUUUUUAAGUAACUUAACUUAAACCAUUUUUUUUACUAGGCAGGAAAUUUGUGGGAAGCGAAUUUGGUACAAGAAAUGUUAAAUGCUUUUAAGGUAAAUUCUUUUGACCAGAAUUUUUUUGAUUCUUGCCAAUACGGCUUUAGAUUAUUAUUAUUAUUAUUAUUAUUAUUAUUAUCUUUAUUGAAGGGCAAACAUUUUUACCUUGUCAUCCUGACGCCGAGCGUCGAAAUCAACAUCGGAUGGCUGCGAUUGUAAACUGUCUUGACCAGUCUUCCCAUGGCGAUGUCAAACAGCGAACGUUUCAGUGUCAUCCAAACAAUAUCGUUUAAUGUUUGGGUGAUGUCCAUUUAUGUGAAACAGUUAAUGUUAUUAGCUGGGUACCGUCCGACUUGCAUUGAAGUUACACACGAUCAGACCUACACACUCAGACAUACAAACUCACAGACACACCGUAUCAGAUGUACCGUCUCAGACGUACCGUGUCAGAUAUACCGUCUCAGACAUACCGUCUCAGACAUACCAUCUCAGACAUACCAUCUCAGACAUACCAUCUCAGCCAUACCGUCUCAGACAUACCAUCUCAGACAUACCAUCUCAGACAUCCGUGGAACCAUCCCACCUAAUUAACUCGGUGUCUCCCUGAAACCCUCCCAGAUCUCCCAUCAUCCUGCCUCCUUCAUUUUUUCUGAGCCAUGGUCACAGUGGUAGGAUAUUUAUGGAAGCUUCUUCUUAAGAUUUAUGGAUCAAACCCUGAAAAAACCAUAUGUUCAUUAAAUAUAUCACAUAAUUUGUUUCAAUGUUCAACCCAAAGGCUGACCCAAGUCUCCAAUUGGUUGAUCUAGGUUGCAACAUCGGUCAGUUCUCCCUCUGUGCGGCAGCGGUUGGCCGACACGUCCUGUCUGUGGAGAUGAUGAUGACCAAUAUCCAACUGCUGCAAAUGUCCCUACAGCUCAGUAAUCUCACCUCCAUGGUGACCAUUGUCAACAACGCCGUGUACAGUGACCACAGGGAGCUUGGGGUCAAGUUCAUGAAGUAAGUGGAGACCGUCAAUCAAGGCUGAGGUUCUAGAAAUUUAGUGAAGGGAUUGGAUUUUAAAUUUCAUUGACGGCAUGAUGAUUCAUUUCAUUUCAACUGCUUCUCUUCUCUUAUUAAAGCUCGUUUUCUGGUUCUCAAAAAACCGGCUCAUUCUUAUGGCAUACCCUGUCAACAAUGAGAUUUUCAACCAAAAAAAACCCUCCCGUUUUUGCUUUCAAGGAGGACGAGAACCAUAGGGACAUGAUUGUUAGAAGCUACCUUCCUGUUAUUACCGCACAUAUAAGCACAAAAAGUUGCAACCGUAGCCACUGUAACAAAUGUCCCUACGUGAUUAAAUUUGACAAGAUCACUUGCCCCCUGGGAAUACUUAGAAUCAAAUAUGGCUUUACAUGCACAUGUCGCAACGUGAUUUACACCAUCCAUUGUAAUGAGUGCGGUAAAUUAUAUGUAGGAGAGACAGAUCGUCGCCUUGGAGACCGGUUUGGAGAAUACCUUUACAGCAUAAAUAAACUUUUCCAGAUUCCAAACAUUUCAAUGGUACUAAACAUAAAGGAAUUUUAGACAUUGCAGUUACCGGAGCUGGUAUAUUGUAUGCAAGUAAUGCACAAGAUAACAUGUAUAUGGAAAAUAAAUCAAUAACAAGACUUGGAACGUUGACUCCAUACGGUAUAAACCAAAUCCACAAUUUUACGUAGCUUUCAUGUCUUUUUCUUGUUUGUUUUUUUUUUCCUUUUACUUCCACUCACUUGCUUUCAUUUCGUCUGAACUUCGUUUUUCUCAUGGUUUUGCUCGCACUCUUAUUCUUUUCUCUCUUUUUCUGUGGUUUAGGAUACAUGUAUAUAUACAUUUUAUGAAAAUCUAAAUUAUACGUAUAUUUACGGGCUGUUGUUUUUUGUACCAACGAAGACAUUUGCCGAAACGUCUAAAUUUUUAUUUUGUAUAAUCAUCAUUAAAUUGAACCUAUAUUGUUUUAUUUAAACAAAUUCUUUGUGUCUAAUUUAUAUUAUUAUGAAGCUCUAAUUUUACUAUUUGUUCCAGAGAAAACAUCGGAGGUAACCGACUGAACGUGUCCAACACACUUGAUGACAUAGACGAUAAAGCAGCAAAAGUUACCGUCAAAACCAUAUGUAUGAACGACUUGGUCCCACUGGUCAGGAACACGAGGGUCUAUCUUAAAAUGGACAUUGAAAACAGUGAGCACUUCGCGCUCCAGUGCGCGGAUGAAUUUUUUAAAGAAGUCGAUAUUAAAAUAGUCCAGAUGGAAUGGCUUCAGCGACUUCCAGAAGACGGUAAAGUGAUCCUAGCCUUCAUGAACGCUCAUGGUUACAACAUGUCCAAGUCAGCCAAUGCACACAUUCCAGUAGAUUUGACUGCUAUACCUGUUGAUAUCUUUUUUCUGAAAAACUCCUCUACGUGAAAUAAUUAUCUUGGGAAUUUGUUAGUAAAAAAAAAAAAAAAAAAAGAAAUUAUAAGUUUCUAGAGAUUUAGGUUUGAUCGGGCUCAAAGAUAAAGACCUGCAAAAUUAUCGGAGCCCCCAUUAUUUAGUUAAAAAAAGGCAUUUUUGACAUCAUAAAGUCAGCAAUCGACCAAUUUAAACCAUCACCGGGGCGAUUAGAGAGCUGUUUUCCUUUCUAUGAAUUCAGGAUGCAGAAAUGUUCGUAGCUGUUGGCGGACAAGCAACAAGACGAGGACAGCAUUCAACUCAUUAUAAGAUUAUUGAACGGGGAAUUUUGCUACUUGAGAGCCUCUCCAAAGUUUAUGCUUUCGAAAGUUGCCAUAAAUUGAUCUCUUUUGACGUAAUUUUGGUUUCUGCCGAAACAAAAUGUGAACUUUCGGUUCAUUUUUGGUUAUGGCCGAAAGUGAUAGAGGCUUUUUGGGCGUCUACCAGAAGUUAGACUUUCACUCUGUCUGUCUGUUGGCCGGCAAUCCGAUAUGCGCAUUAUUGCUUGACGUCUUCCUGUCAUCGUAUGACAUAGGACUAAUCCUCUGUGAACACUGCUCACGCCAGCAUGUUGACCUACUUGUCCAAUAUUUCAAAAAAUAAAUUUUCAAUUAGGCUUGGGCGUAUUAGUUUUGUAAAUAGUUUUGUGGAAAAUAAAAACUAAUGGAAGGUAGAUAUUUCUAUACAUUAUUUUUGUUUCUAUACAUUAUUUUUGUUUUAUUGAAACCCUAGGUUUCUUCAAGUCAUUCAUUUGUGACACUCAUUUUGGUAUAUCAUUAUCAUGGGCAAAGGGAAAUAGUAUCGUGGAUAAAAAUCUGAGGGAAUGGUAACAUUGCUAAUGUUUUAAUUUUUUGUUGUUGUCCAAAUUAGAAUUAGGGAACCUUAGGCUUAUUAAAUUCAUUCAUUUAUUGAAAUGUAUUAUUAUCAUGCUGAUAAAUAUUGUCAUUCAAGAAAUAAAAAAUUAAUAUAUUCCAC